CAUGUCAAUCUGUCAAAAAUUUUCGUAGGUCAGUGCUGCGGUCCCAAAGGAAAACCAAAAGAGUACCUGCUCUUAAUAAUCUUGGACUCGUUCCAAAACGCAGUUUGUUUACUUCACCCGGCUUAAUAUGCUUUAAUUCAUGUCAUUCCCUUUGUUCGUUUCGUAUUCGUUGGUGUACAUUCUACCAUUGACGUGAAAAACUUUUCCGAUUCAUUAAAAUUAUCAAGGUGGUUUUUUAAGUGUAAAAUGGGUUCGCUGCAGGCGGAGAACGAAAGCAACCAGGAAUUAGACGACAGCGGAUACGGACAAGAAGAUUCGAUAUCAAUGAAGAAGGCAUCGUCCAGUGAGAAUGGGGGGUACGCGGGAUCAGCGGAACUCCUGGACCUGUCCGACGACGUUCUGCUCUGCAUCCUGAAGUACUGCACACCAAGAGACCUGAAGGCGUUGGGAUACACCUGUCCUCGUUUGGGAGCCCUUGUCGUGGACCGAACGCUCUGGGAGAGCGUCGAUGCUCGCGAAAGCCCGUCUGGCCCGAAGCGUCUCCGUUGGCUGCUCACACACGGCCUCUCGUCCACCACCUCUGAGCUCAUGCUGUGCGGCUACGCGAGGGAGGCAGCCGGAUGCCUUGGUCACAUGAACUGCAAGCACAAGGAGGAAGAACCCACCGAUCUCACGAUUAACAGUUUGUACGCUGGUGUCUUAGGGAACCCUGAACAAUCCUCGAACGGAGAUCUGAAUCAAGCAGUCAGGGGGACGAUCUUCUCAAGCGGCCCUGUAGCUCAGAUCUACGAUUCGAUACCAAGGGGUGUCUGCUACAACGCGCUCCCGGAAGCCGUGGGUAAGCAGCUGUCCGGUGACUGGGCCCCGCCGGAUGACACGUGCCCUGGUCCCCAGUUCACGUUGACCCAGAAUCUCUUGACCAGCUUGGAACAGCAGUGCCCUAAUUUGACGACAUUAGCUCUAGACUACUGCAACAUAGAUUGUUCCAUGCGAGCCAUCUGUCACUUCCCGCGGAGGCUGAAGGUGCUCUCGUUGCGCGGGUCCAAAUGCUACAACCAGCCCCUGGACAAGUCGUUUCUGUUCAAAAUCCAGGAUUACCUGAAGGAGCUCGAGGAGCUGGACGUGUCCGAGUGCGAGUGGGUGGAGCCGUCGUGUCUGCUGCCGCUCAGCAAGCUGUCCAGACUCCAGCUGCUCAGGAUGAGGCGCUGCAUGAGGAUGAGCGAGUGUGUCGCGUACUCGUCCCUCGCCACCAGAUACGGGUUCAAAACUCUCAAGGUGAUUGACCUGCGCGAGUCCCCCGUGGGCGACAGCGAGGUGUCUUCUUUCGGCUGGGUGGGCUCGCUGGAGGAGCUGUACGUGUCGCCGGCGAUGGAGGCGCCCGCUGUGCACAAGCAUGCCCAUUAUAUCGGCGACAACAUACCGGAGCACGUCGAGCUCGACGACUGGGAGAUGGAGGAGCCGGACUAUUUCAAGGUGAGAAGCUCGAAGGUCGAUGACCCGGCCCCCGCCGACUCUAAGACGGUCACGAAGAAACACAAACUCGACGAGGGACAAACCGACAGAAACGUCACAGACGACUUCGUUCCCGCCCAGAAGCGGAUCCGUCUCGACGAUAUACCGCGCGUGUGCUCCUGCAAAUCGGUCAUUGGAAACACGCCUUCGUCCGUAUACGCCAUGAUCAGGGGGGACAGUCGUAACCGAAACGACAGGUACGACGAUGUCGUCAAGCAAGACUUGAUCGAAGACGAAAUACACAGGCAGAAUCUUUUGAAGCUGCAGAAGGAGAAGGAGAAGGCGAGCGAGGAUAAAGCGGCCGGGAGUUCGGGCGAUGGCGACGCUAAGCCAGAGAACGGAGGCGGCGAACAAAAUGACGUGAAAAUGGAUGAGCCGCGACCUGAGUCCGUCAACCAAGGCGCCAGCACGUCCAAAGACGACCCUCAGCCCUCGACGUCUAACAAGACUGAUCAGAAAAACGGCGAGAAAACUGAAAAUAAAGAACCGAAACAGAAUAUACUGUAUGUUAACGUAGGAAGACGCCUCCACGCCAUGUACAGGCUCGCAAUACCGGUUUAUAAAGUUGGGGAAUCGGGCGAUUCCCAACCGGCCGCUCCGAGUCGCAGGCUGGAUGUGAGUUCGGCCUACCAGAUGACAAGGUUCGACCCGACGACUCUCGUCUCGGACACGACGGUCCACAGAUUCGGUCGCGCGGACAGCGAUAACAUAAACUACAUAAAUAUCGGCCCGAACGGUCAACACGAUCAGCCGGCCACGCGACCGGACAGGUCCAAUCUCAGGAUCUUGUCACUGACCGGAUUCAGGAAUAUAACUAAUCGGAGUCUGGUCCAUCUGGCCACGGCGGCUCCACGUUUGAGGUUCAUCGAUUUCUCGGGUACGCGGGUCACGCAGAGAGGCGUGGACACGUUCAGAAGCUUGCGUCCGGAUUGCGAGAUCAUUUACAGCCAGUACAUCGACAGGAAUGCGUCGGAAGGGGACAUGGCUGUGUUUCGGCGCAUCUAAUGUUCAAAUAAAUUCUGUAUUUCGGAUUCCGUUUCUAAUGAAGUCUUUUGCACCGCCGCAUUUUAAGUGUCACAAAUAAUUGUCUAGCUAUGUCGAAGAUGUAGCUGGUGGAAUGCUUAGACGAAAUCAAUGGUCGCUAUAUGAAAAUUAAUGCACAAAAUUAUUGAUACAUUAAUCGCAGAUUAACCAUUAUUUGCUAAUUCUUGGAGACACGGCAGCGAAUCAUGAGUUUUUUUUUUUAAAUAAAAUGCGGUAGUGUAAUAAGUUUUGGUUUUAUAUAAUAAUUUCUUUAUAAUUAUAUGUAUUUUGAGGUAUACAGUAUAAAUGAUCUCACAAGUUAUUUAUGAAUUGUUUCGUGGCAUUCUUAAUUUGGUAUCAUAGUAACUGGCGCUAUAUCUCUAUCGUAUUUUGUAUCUGAAAUUUGUCCUAUCCAAUUAUUGAUUUAAGGAUGUACCCAAGAAAAUUAUGAAUCGCGUCAGAUAAUCGAUAUUUACAGUAUCUAUUUCAAGAUAAUCGAUAAUUAUAGUGUUCCAUUUAGUCCCACGUGUCAGUGCUGCAACGAUUAUAUUUUAUACAAAUGCUAUUGCCUAUUAUCAAUGUUGCCAAUUUUUGUUUUAUAGAUUUUUGUAAGAGUGUUUAAAAACAUUAAUAUUGAUUCUAAAACUUAUUGAAUACAAACUACUACCGGAUUGGCGCAUUAGGAAAGUACUAAAUUAAAAUCAAUACUAUCUUUACAGAGAUAUAACAAUGAAAGUUAUCUAUAUUUCAUAUAUAUUUCAGUGCUACCAAUUUUUGAAUCUAUCCAUAUUUCGUGGUUACAAUUUACAAAUUUUAGAUCUGAGUGUUGCUUAUCUUAAUCUUGAUAUUACAAAAAAAAGUCUCAAAUGAUCACGACGGCUCAUUUUGUUAAUGUUUUUGAUUAAUUUUCUUAGAGUCAUCUUGACAUCAUUGCUUCUUUUUUUUCUUAGAAUUCGAUCACAAGCGCACGAAUGACAUCUUCGUUAUAAUAUGCGUUCGCUUGUUUGCGCAAAACAUAGGCACAGUCACUGAACCAACUAAAGACAUUAGCUACUGCGAGUGUAACAUUAUUUAAUUAAUCAACAGGUAUAUUUGGGAGAAUAUUUUCCAACUAUGAAAAUGUAUAGAGUAAAAAAUAAUAAUAAAUUAUGUGUCUCGGAACGCCCGACAGAAGUAAUAACUUAAAGUAAUCUAUGUUGAACUGUUUAAUAUUGAAAUCGUUUAACUUGAGAAAAGCUUAGGUUAUUUCUUAAAUUUUAUGUAUAUUAAUAUGAUAAUGCAAGGAUAAUUGUAACAUAAAUUGAAAAAGAUAUAUAAAUAGUUAGGAGUUACAUAAGUUCUCAGUACCGCUGCCGUCUGAGAGAAAGAGAAGCCAGACAGACUGGCGCUGUAACGCGUUACGUAACGAAGCGAUCUACCCUCCCAUAAGAAGUUAUUACUUACAAAAAUAUAUACAAGACUUACAGAGUAACAAAAAUAAUUAAAAAAUAAAAAUACAAGACUAUUUUCGACUAUGUCCAAACGCACAAGUUGAAUGCACAAAAUUUUCGACAUUCAAAAAUUCCCGCCUAAAAAUUUUCGUCCGAAUUUGACAGAAUCGAAUUUUGACGGCUGUCCUUUGGAACCUCGUGUUCUGACGGACGUCAUUCUGACAGCUGUCAUUUGAGUUGUUUUUUUUCCAGAACAUUUCGUCGUAUGAAAUUUGUUUAUUAUUAAUGUGAUAUUUUUUGUAUUUAUUCGAAAAUAAAAUUUUACGAGUGUCACCCCCCUCCCCCCCACCAAAGAGAAUGGGUGUAAGGUUUUUAGUAUUAAAAUUGUAGGUGUUUUAAAAAGUAUAUUAUGUGUAUGUAGGUAUUAAGGUAAUAGUUGUGGGUCGAGUCGACUUGUCUCUCGACGACUCGCUCUAUGCGUGCGUCGCUGUAACGCGUGCGAGAGAGACAUUUAGAUUGAGUGUUCUAUUUUAAUGGUAAAUUAGGAAGUAGUUUUUGUAUGAAUGUAUGUAUAGAGUCAAGUUAGUGAAAUAGAGUUUGGCCACUUUAGUUUCAUAGUGCGAGGUACUUUGUUUUAGCUAAGCAAGCUUGAUUUUGCAGUCCUAAUUAUGCGAUAAGAAUUUGUUGUUUCGCCUAAAGAUGCCAUCUCAUAGAUACAUUGCUUGGGUGAUCCUACCUUUCAAUCCACCGAAAUCUUUUAAUAAUUCAUCUCUGUUUUGUUAAUGACAAGAUGGGAAUGCGUGCGAAUUGCUUAGUUCUUGAAUCGGCAAUGGCUAGUCAUGGGUCUUGUGCUAAUAUGGUCAACUUAUUUCCCACUCAUCCGAAAGACAGCCGUAUUUUGCCCGGAAAAAACGAUAUCCGAAUUCUUUUUUCGGCGAAGGUGACGGCUAACAAAAAAUAAUAAUUAGUUGUCUGUAAAGUCAGUUGACGGACGAUAGUGUUACGUGAUAACGUCAGUAGCAGAGCUAUUCGAACUG